GUCGAUGUAUCGGCCGUCUUCUUCAAGAAAAUUGCACCUCCAUCGUCGUCUCUCCCCGGGAACUUCCUCUGUUGCUUCGUCGGCCUUGUCUUCUUUGGCCGUGACUUACGCGUUACUUCGUCGGUGACCGGAAGACCACCACUCCGGCUGCAAAAGAAACUCGAAGGUGGGGGAUCGCGCGCGCUUUAGAUUCCUUCUCCACUCCGCUUCUCUGAGGCUGUUAAGUAGAAUAAAGAUGGAUAUGAAAGCAUUGGCAAAAUCAAAGAGAGCUCAUACAUUACAUCAUAGCAAGAAGCAUAACCCACAUCAAGCAUCAAAAGCACCUUCUUCCAUUUCAGGUGAUGAAAAACCAACUGGACAGCAACCUAAGCAGAAACCCCAAAGUUCUAACAAUGCUAGAUCACUUCCUUCAAAUUGGGAUCGUUACAAUGAUGAUUUUGAUUUGGGUUCUGAAGACACACCCAAUGCAAGCCCAAGCCAACCGGCUGAUGCUGUUGCACCAAAAAGUAAAGGGGCGGAUUAUGCUCACUUAAUUUCAGAAGCCAAGGGUCAGGCUCAAGCAAAUUAUCCUUCAGAUUAUUCUCUUUAUUCUGAUGACAAUAUUUAUAACUUUACUCAGGAUUUUGGUCCAAUGCUUGCUGCCAAGGGGAAAAAUUUAUUUUCAUGGAUCGCAGAUGAUGGUUUUGAGUUUGAAAGUAAACCAAGCUCCAAUGUUGAGGCACCGUUCCUUUCCCUUAAUUUGAAUGCUCUCGCGGAACAACUUUCCAAAGCAAACCUAUCGAAGCGGUUGUUUAUAGAGGCAGAUCUAUUGCCUCUAGAGCUGUUGGACGAUGACGCACCAGGUUCUGGCGAAGAUAAACAAGAUCCUCAAACUAGUACAUCAGUUCCAACUGAUUCUGGCGAGGAAGUCCCAUUGUACCAUGAGCCUCCGCCAUCUGACAUGACCACAUCCAAAGCUAUUCCUGUUCAAACUUCCGAAGAAAUAUUGAACUCUAUGAAACAAAUUGAUUCUAUUGCUGUGAAUUCUUCUACAUUUCAGGCAGCGAGUUCGGAAGCAGAACUUGACAUGCUUCUGAACUCAUUUACUGAGACCAAAAUAUUCGAGUCACCGAGUGCAUUAUCAUCAGGAGUUUCUUCUUUCUCACAAGAACCUCCGACAAAGCCAACCAAUUUUGACGACAAUAUUGAUUCCCUUCUCAAAGAAACAGUUGAUGUGAAAAUAACUGGAGGAAGUCGUCGAUCAUUUGGAGCAAAAGCUGGCCAAGAUGAUGUAUCAUCCUCGGCCACUCAUCCUGAUUCCAAGUCUAAAUUUCUUGAUGAUUUUGAUUCAUGGUUAGACACAAUAUAGUUUCCUGCUGUUGCAAAACCGGCAAGUUUCUUUUGGUUCGAAUCCGAUCAAUCGUGCAAUGAAGUCAUUCCUUGACUUAUUCAGAUGUGGUGUGAAUAUGACAGACAACAUAAUUUGGUACUAGAAAUCGCGCACUGGGUGUGACAGGUGACUUGAGGCGUCGGGGAUUUGAACCCAUGACCUCACGGUAACAAAUUCAACCCCUACGGGACUACUAUAUUUUAAUUUAUGUAACAUUAGUAAUGUUAGGUUGAUUGAAGCUACUCUUUUACUACGUGUUUGUUUGAUGGAUUUUGGAAAAUUUAUAUUAUUUAU